AUGCUGGCAGCAGUGAAGGCUGGGAUGUCACUGGUGGGAAGCCAAGGAGUUGUCUCAGCCACUGAGGUCCUCCUUGUGGCUGCUGUCUUCUGCUUGGUCUUCCUACUUGUCCAGUCCCUUCAGCAGCAUGUGCCCAAGGGUCUGAAGAGCCCCCCAGGCCCCAGAGGCUACCCCAUCCUGGGCAACGUGCUGGAGCUGAGGAAGGACACACACCUGGCCCUGAGCAAGCUGAGCCAGAAGUAUGGGGACGUGAUGGGGAUCAGGAUCGGCACCCGGCCCGUGGUGGUGCUGAGCGGGUUGGACACCAUCAAGCAAGCCCUGGUGAAGCAAGGAGAAGACUUUAUGGGGCGUCCUGACCUCUAUAGCUUCCGUUACAUUGUAGAUGGCCAGAGUCUGGCCUUCAGCCCCGACUCAGGGGAGGUGUGGAGAGCCCGCAGGAAGCUGGCCCAGAACGCCCUCAAGACCUUCUCCAUCACUUCCAGCCCCACCUCCUCUUCCAUCUGCCUGUUGGAGGAGCAUGUCACCAAGGAGGCUGAGUACCUGGUCACUAAGUUUCUCCAGGUGAUGGAUGAGAAGAAGAGCUUAGAGCCUUACCAGUACCUGGUGGUGUCUGUGGCCAACGUCAUCUGCGCCAUGUGCUUUGGCAAGCGCUACGACCACAACGACCAAGAGCUGCUCAGUGUGGUGAAUGAAACUGAGCAGUUUGUUGAUGUGGCUGCUUCUGGCAAUCCUGCUGACUUCAUCCCCCUCCUCCAGUACCUUCCCAGCCGCUCUAUGACCUUAUUUAAAGACUUCAACAAGCGCUUCCUCCAUUUCCUGCUGAAGAGGGUCAAAGAGCACUACCAGACCUAUGACAAGAACAACAUCAGGGACAUCACUGACUCCCUCAUUGAGCAGUGCCUGGAGAAAAAAAUGGACUCUGCCACACGGAUCCCUAAGGAGAAGAUUGUCAACCUUGUGAAUGACCUCUUUGGAGCAGGCUUUGACACUGUGACAACUGCCCUGUCCUGGAGCCUCAUGUAUCUCGUGACACAACCCCACAUCCAGAAGAAGAUCCAGGAAGAACUAGACCAGACCAUUGGCCAGGAGAGGAGACCGAGGCUGUCGGACCGGGGCAGGCUGCCCUACACAGAGGCCUUCAUCCUGGAGAUGUUCAGGCACUCCUCCUUCAUGCCCUUCACCAUCCCACACUGCACGACCAAGGACACAGUGCUGAAUGACUACUACAUCCCAAAGGACUGCUGUGUCUUUGUCAAUCAGUGGCAAGCCAAUCAUGAUGAGAAACUUUGGAAGGAUCCACUGGCCUUCAAGCCAGAGCGUUUCCUCAGUGCUGAUGGGACCAGAGUGAACAAAGACGAUGGGGAGAAGGUGCUGGUUUUUGGCCUGGGCAAAAGGAGAUGCAUUGGGGAAAACAUUGCCAGGUGGGAGGUCUUCCUCUUCCUGUCCACCUUGCUCCAGCAGCUGGAGUUCAGCGUCUGUGAUGGAGAGAAGGUGGACAUGACACCACUCUAUGGACUCACCCUGAAGCACAGAAGAUGUGAGCACUUCCAGGUCAAGCAGCGCUUCCCCACGAAGAGCAGGGACUGA